CAGUGCAUUGUCAACCGAGUUACUGGAGCCGUUUCACUGGAAAUUUGUGCUUUAAAAUGAGCGUAGAUUUUCAUUUUAAGUGAUUGUAAACAUUUCCAGUGUCAAUGGUGAAACGUAAGAAGGAGGUGAAGGGAGACGAGGCACCGAUAUGCGCCACAAAGAAGGGGGAUGUGGUGACGCCCGGCACGACCGAGGAGGCGAACCUGAGUCUAAAAGGGUGUGAUUCUCAAGACCAGAGUGUAAUGAAGGGACCGGAGACGAACCUCGGCGGCGCGCCUGAAAAUGGGUCGAGCCAAACGGUCGACAGCCAGCCUGCCGACAUGGCCGAGGAGGGGAAGGUUGCUCCAAUUCGACCGCAACAAAAUCACCCUUUUCUUCGAUCGAGUGUGAAAAGAAAGAAAAAGGAACCGACUCCCCCUCCACCACCUCCAAAACCUGAGGAAGCAGAGAAAGUUGAGGCCAAGCCAGACAGGAAGCGUUGCUGGGAAGCAUGGAGUGACGGAGAAACAACUUUAUUCUUUGAAGCAGUCAAUGAGUAUGGAAAAGAUUUUGAUGCAAUUCAGAAGUAUAUCGAGCAGCGUCACAAGAAACUUGGUCUGGCAGCUCAUCAAGUCAAGAAUAAGAAUCAGGUGCGACACCUGUACUACAGAACGUGCCAUAAACUCUUCAGCUAUAUCGAUCCAAAGCCUGAUCAAGAGAAGACAGUCACUGAGCUGUAUGCAUUGGUCAAUUAUGGAGAGCUAAGAAAAAAACUAAAUUUAAAAGGUGGAAUCACUAGAAGAGUUGGCCAACGAUUCAAUCAACUCAUUACGACUGGGCAAACAGUGAUACGUGUAAAGGGAAUGAACCGUCGAGUUAAAACUCCUUUAUGCAAGGCGUUGAGGAAAAUCAAUGGUGACGAGAAUAAAUCUGAUCCGUACAAAUUACCUGCUCAUGUAUUAAUGGAACUACAGCCGAAGAACAAUAAAGCUUGGGCGUCGGUUCAGAGUGCUGCACACAACCCACGUGUCAGAUUGGUGGUAUCCCUUAAGAAGAAUUUGGGCAGUAUUAUCAGCUAUCUCAAUGACAAAUGGACGCCACACCGAUCAAAACUUCUGAAUACCCUCAAACCAUCGCCAAACAAAGGAGACAUCUUACAUCUUGGUUUAGUAUUAACAGAAGGAGUGGAAGUAACUCCACACAACCAAAUAACAGGACGCUACAUGCAUAGUGACAGUCGAGCCGUAUUCUCAUUAGACUCCGAGAUGAGAGUGAUCAAAGCUGUCGCAGCAUCCAAAGCAGCUAAGAUCCAACGUACUGCGUCGUCGGGUCGUACCCCAUCAGGGAGUAGCCUGGAUUGCACUAGAGAUGUCCCGGGUCUGGAUAAGAAAUCAGCUGACGGGACGACGGGCAAGCCGACGAGAAAGUACAAACCUCGGAAGAGAGCGAAGCUGUCUAAAGUUGAUGGGUGUAGUAAUGGCGUAGGAGGGCCUGAGACUCUACCAGAAGCCAACACCGUCUCUAAUCAAUCUAGGAAAACUGAAGACUUGGAACAUAUGGACCUUGGUAAAAGUGAUUCUUCGAAGAGUCCGUUAAACCUUGAAGGAACUGAAGAGAAAAUGGACCUUGGGGAUGUAGCGGCGGAAAAUGAAGAAGAAACUAUUCCGUUAGAGGAAAUCAAAUGGACAGUUGCACCAGAGAAGGAAAUCACAAAGGAUGAACAAUUAAAAGGAGUUUUAUCGUCGGAGAAUUCUACAAAUCUCACCAUGACAGAUAUUUAUUUAAUGCUAAAAAUGCCGACAAGGUUAAAGUUUGAGUAUGAGUUUGUAAGAGGUGAGAUUGACACGGAUGAAGAAAAGAAGCCGGAGUCUAACCUUCUUCAUCGAUUGUAUGAACUUGCCAGCACCGAGUUUACCAACAUUAAUAAAGCUACACGGAGUGUCUCAGUUGGUACAGUCACCUCUCCACAGCGCUUCAGUACCUUGCCAGGAACCAACACCACUCCACCUUCCAAAUCAUCCUUCAUCUCCAACCUUUCUAAGAGUCCAUCCAAUGCACGAGGCCAACGCAAUGCUAAUAACGGCUUCGUCAAGGCAAACUCCAGGGUGAAUGCCAAGGGGGCAGGGGCUGGUAAGGAUAAGGACAGCGGUGUGUUCUUGACCCCCGCUGCACCAUCACCGCACCCGCAGCGCCUUGCUGCUGCAGCAUCUGCAGAGUCAUCUACAACUGCUGCAGAGAAACUAUUUAUGGCUCAAAUUGAGUCCCUGCAUAAGCAACCAACAUUUCUUCAGUCAAGUAACAGACGAGGGAGAAAGCCCUUGGUUGUUCAGAGAACCUUGCUCCCAAGACCACAGUCUGAACAUACAGGACCAACCAGACAUAUGAUGUCAAUGUCUAAGACGGGUCAGUUCACCCCGGUCCAGCUCGGCAUUCCAGAAAGUGUUGGGCAAAGACCAAUUAUUCGCCCAGUCCCUGUUGCACCAGCUCCAGCGGAGAGCACUCCUGUGUCAUCACCAUCAAGCAAUGAAGAACUCUCCAGUUCGUUGGUAUCCUACAGUCUUCCAUUGGUCAGUAGCUCUGUGGACUCAUGUCUAAGAGUCUCCUCACCGAUAUCGUCUCUUGCCAUGUCUUCACCAUCACCAAUGAAUGAAAUCGAAGCAGCCAGUGCAGCAGCAGGUAUUGAUACAACCCUUUGCCCAAGUCCAGAUCACACACAGUCUCAACCCUCGCCCAUACCCAUGGGUACCUCGUCGCCCGAUCCCAUCAAGUCUACAAUGCUCAACCCAAGCCCACAGAUCAUUGACGAUACGAUGGAGAUAGUAUCUGUAUUGCCCAGUAGUAACUUAAUUGCGUCUGCUCAAGCUCACGUUGGGUUGGAGAAUGAGCAACCGUUUAGAAUCUCUCCACCGAAUCUGUCUUCGUUGUUGGAGAUUUCUUUACCGUCAUCAGCUGCAGCCGGUGGGGGUGAUGCCUUGCUGGAUAUCCCGAUUGGUCCAGAAUCAUUCACAGGAUUCAACCAGCAACUUCCUCCCCUAUCUCCAGUACGAGAGUCUGGUAACUCGACUCCCCCACUGACAUCACCAUUCAAACUUAGUCUGGACAGCCAGUGGCUGAAUGGAGAGGGUCCGGAUGUUUCUCUGAGUAGCAUCUUGGCACAUCUUGAGUCACCUGAGAAGAAAGAGAGGCAGAACAUCAUCAACUCAGUCUCGUUAUCCAUCCCACCGGUCAAUAUGUUAAAUGAGUCCUCGAGAGAUUCAACUAUGUCUAGAGAUGUGGACACUCAUUUACAGUGUAUGAUGAAUGAGAAUAGUGUAGACUAUGUAGCAAAGUUUGCCGACCUCGCCGCUCAAAUCACCGCACAAGAACAAAAAGAAGCCGCUCUAAGCCACUAAAGAAACUCUGUGACAUCCCAUGUGAGUAUGAUUUGUGUUGACCACAUGCACCAUCGACACUCGUGGCUUCUGUCUGCCUUGCUUUUUUUUUGGAAGUCAAGCUUAACAUAUGUAGACGCUGCAGCGCACUUCACUAAAGCACGGGGACGUUGACUCUCAGAAUGGCACAGCCAAGACAGUCUUGACAAUGAUGUCAGGGCCCAGAUUCACAAAGCUGUUAAGCAAAAAAUACUGGUUAGCAGAUUUCUAUGCUAAGCAAACAAUUGGUGGGGCGCCAGUCACAAGGGUGUAUACUUAAGGGACUUUUGGCUGGUAGCUAGUUUCUGCUUAGCAAUAUUUGUCUGUGCUUAGCAAAUUUUUGCUUACAGACUUGAUGAAAUUGGACACAGGUGAAUUGGAUCAAUGAUCUGAUUUCAACUUCCCAAGAGUGGAUGCUCGAUUAUGGACGUCAAGCAAUUAUUGUAUGCUUCAAUCUUGGCCCGAUUUCAUAAAGCUGCCUUAAGCAGACAAUUUUUCUGAACAAUUUCUUGCUUUAAUAGCAGAAAUGAGGAGGACACCAGUCACAAAUUUCCCAUGUGACAUGGUAUUUUGGCUGGUUACCUCAAUCUGGUAAGCAUAAUGUUGCAGUGCUUGGCUACUUUUUGUGCGUUAGCAGCUCUGUGAAGUUGGGCUCUGGAAAGUCAUCGGUUAUGAAUGCUGCCAUCUUGUGGUUCAAAGUAGCCAGAACUGUGCAAGAAAAUCUAGCAAAUGAGGCCUAAAUUUAUGUGUUAGCAUAUCAAAGUGAAAUAAUUAUCCUUAAAGAGCAUAUCUUUACUUUACUCAUUCUCAAAGCAUUUAGUUAUAACAAUGUUAGUUUAACACCUUUAUUGGCAUAUCUUGGGCACUAUAGCCUUAACUGUUUAAAAAAUGGCAAUUGUUGUCUGCGUGGGAUUAAGGUUGGUUUGCCAAAUCAUAAUGGUUGCUUUCUGAAGUUAUCUGAGGAGGAGUUUUGUGCCAAAGCGGUAGAGAAGGUUUGGAAUUGUUAAACCUCCAAUACACAGUAAUUAUUUAAAUAUAAGUCCGUCAUUUCGUAAAAUGAUGAGACAACAUGAAAUUUAAACAAUUGCAAAAGUACCAAUGAACUCCACUACUUUGAAUAUCAGCUGGUCAGGCCUGGAAUAGACCGAUCCAGUAGGCUCCGCCCACGACGCACGUGUGAGCAAGAACACAUGGGGCUC